CCCACCCAAAGACACGCCACCCCUUCCCUCACCACCCGCACGAGUCGCCGAAGAGGAGCCCUCCGUACUCGACGACAACAAUGGCAUCGACAUCGAGUCCUACUUCCAGAAGCGCCACUACCCGCGCGCUGGCUCCAUCUACACCCUCUCCAAAGUCAGCUUCACCAAUCAGAUCCAGCAGUUGACCUCCAUGAAGCUUCCGCCCACGACCAUCGCGUCCGAAAUCACCGCCCUCCCCACGUCCGUCCAGGCCGGACGCGCACUGCACAAGGCGGCCAACGACAUCCGACUGUGGGUCUCCAAGACGAAAGAUGUCCUGAGCGGCCUCGACGCAGAAGACGACGUAGAAUGGGCCGCGGCUGCGGGAAGGGAAGGAUUGGAGGAGGUGGAUGCCGCGAUCGGCAAGUUCGAGGGGCUCGUCAACGUCUACAUCAGCGCCAUCGAAGAUCUGCAGUCGCGUCCCGACAUUGCGCUCCUACCCACCAAAGACCAGACCACGCUUGUGAGCCAAAUGGAAGACAUCGUGAUGAACUGGGGUGAGAUCAAGCAGACGCUCAAGGGCAUCAAGAACCAGGUCGAAGUGGCCAUGGAGUGGGAAGAGCUGUGGAACAACGUACUGGGCGAAAUUGGCGUUGAGGUCGAGAACCUCAGUCGUCUGGUGUUUGAGAUGGAGGAGCGCAGACAUCGCGUCAUCUCCGACUCAGUCGCUGAAGCCCCAGAGAAGUUCGACAUUUCUGAGCUCGAGACCGUUGUUAAAGAGAUCCCCCGGAAGCAGGCUAUAUUGAACAGCAAGCGGCUUAGUAUGCCGCCUGUCCCCUCCAUCGUCUCGCCCACUUCGCCCAUUCCGCAAAUCGAACAGGAAAAUUCACGCCUACUAGCCCUUUUCGCGAAGCUGCAGCCGCUCCGUGCUUCGCUUGAUUUCCUCCCUAUGCGACUGAACGCCUUCCAGAUGCGCGCGAGCACAAUCUUCCCGUCUGCGUGUGACGAACUCGUACGAAGAAAGGAACAGCUGGAGGCAUCAGAGGAGAAGCUCGAAGCCGAAGCAAACGCGCUGCGAGAAGAGCUGGGUGAGGACAAAUGGGUGCACAGCUUCCGUCAAGCGGGUAGCAAGGCUGUCGCCAUGUACGAGUCGUGCAUGAAGAGCAUCCAGAGGCUACAGCAAGCCAUCGACGACAGCGACGAGGAGAAGCUGCCUACGCGUAUUGCCACCUACAAAGACAAGAGGGACCACUAUCCUCCAUCAAUGAGGCGUGUACUUGAGCUGAUUGACAUUGAAAUGAAGCAUAGGUCCACUGUCAACGGUGAGAUCCUGCGUAUACAACAGGAUGUCCGCGCAAAGGUGGAGGACUUGGAGGAAGUGACUGGAAACAUGGACGCCAUCUUGGACGACUUUACCAGAUCACGCAAACUCCGUGACUCAGUGUCCACAGUACUAACAGAAGCCUCACUUCCACACUCGAAUCUCGACACACCCGGUACUUCUCCUGCUUCGAGUGUCGUCAUGAGCCGUAAGAGUAGUGGGCAUGGGCCUGCUGUUACUCCCGCCAACAAGAAAUCUCGUCAGUCAAGUGUCGCGAGCUCGAAAUUGUCAGCACCUUCUAACCGGCGAUACUCGAGCAUACCUCUAGGCGGCGAAAGUGUCGCUUCCCGCAAAUCUACAUCCUCGGCACGCUUGGACUUUACACCCUCUCGCGCCAUGUCCGGUACUGCAGCUAGCCAGGCACGUGCAAAGACCCCGACUGAAAGACCUGUUGCCAAACCUCGCUGGACCUCCGACUUUUACCACAUGCGGGACACUGUCGUUGGGCACAACUUUAAGCCAUCGUCUCUGACUACACCCUCACCUUUCCGGAAAGACACAGACUCGCCGGAUGGAUCCCGAAAAGGCUCAGCGAGCCGUUCAUCCAUACCCCUGAGAAGCCCGUUGAGCCGCUCGUCGACGACAGCGCCGCCCACAUCUAGUCGCUCUGCAUCUACUACUCCAGGACAGCAGCGCCUCACUCGGUCAUUAGCGAGCUCAACUAGCUCCCCUGUUACUCCUGCAAAGGGCAAGUUGCCGAUACGUUCUACACCCCUUUCUUCACCUCAGGUGAAAUCAAGCACGCCAGCAUCCAGCCGUCGCGUCUCAACAGUAGCGGAGGAUAGCAGGAGCCCUGCCAAGGAAGAAAGCCCCGCAGCCCGUCGCGGAUCACGACCUCCGAGUGUCACAGCGAGCCGUCGCAGCAGCCUACUUCCUACACCUAAGUCGCGUACUACAUCUGCUUCCAAGGUCAUAGAGACAACUCCUCCUAAGCGCACCAGCAGCAGGCUUGAUAGCUUGGCUGAAAGCCGUACUUCCAGCCGUGUUAGCGGUCGUCAAUCGAGCCAGGGAGAUAGACCCGUGUGGAGAUAG